AUGACGACACCGGAAACUUCCAACCACCGUGCCUGGUGGAAAGAGAGCUCUGUGUACCAAAUCUGGCCGGCCUCUUUCAAGGAUUCAAAUAACGAUGGAAUCGGUGAUAUUCCCGGCAUUAUCUCCGAGCUUGAUUACAUCAAGAACCUAGCAGUAGACAUCGUCUGGCUGUGUCCAUCGUACAAAUCGCCGCAGGUGGAUAUGGGCUACGACAUCGCCGAUUACUACAGUAUUGCCGAUGAGUAUGGCAUUGUUGAAGAUGUUGAGAAGUUAAUUGCCGGGUGCCAUGAGCGCGGUAUGAAACUUCUGAUGGAUCUCGUCGUCAACCACACCAGCGACCAGCAUGAAUGGUUCAAACAGUCCCGCAGCUCCAAGGAUAAUAAGUACCGCGACUGGUAUGUCUGGAAGCCAGCCAAAUACGAUGAGCAGGGAAAUCGCCAGCCUCCUAAUAACUGGGUGUCUCAUUUCCAGGGAAGUGCCUGGCAAUGGGAUGAGCUGACCCAAGAAUACUAUCUGCAUUUAUACGCAGUUGAGCAGCCCGAUCUCAAUUGGGAACACCCAGCAGUCGUUGAAGCCGUGCACGAUAUUGUGCGAUUCUGGCUCAACAAGGGCUGCGAUGGUUUCCGCAUGGAUGUGAUCAAUUUCAUUAGCAAGGAUCAAAGCUUCCCUGAUGGACCCAUCAAAGAUCCCCGUACUCCCUGGCAGUGGGGAGAUAAGUGGUAUGCCAACGGGCCACGCUUGCACGAGUAUCUCCAGGGUAUUGGCAAGAUUCUCAAGGAGUACGAUGCCUUCAGUGUGGGCGAGAUGCCCUUCGUCACCGAUGAGAAGGAGGUGCUCCGUGCCGUGCAAUUUGACCGCAAUGAAAUCAACAUGAUCUUCAAUUUUGAGCAUGUUGACAUUGACCAUGGUAAAUACGACAAGUUCGAGCCUGGCAGCUGGCAACUCACUGAUUUGAAGGACUUCUUUGAGCGCUGGCAGACCUUUAUGUAUGACAAUGAUGGUUGGAAUGCGCUCUACUGGGAGAACCAUGACCAGCCACGUUCUAUUGAUCGUUACACAAACGCCAAGGAAGAGCAUCGAUUGGUCGCAUCCAAGAUGCUGGCUACUGCCCUCACACUGAUGGCUGGUACUCCCUUCGUUUACCAGGGACAGGAGCUUGGAACCAGAAACGUGCCCAAGGAAUGGGGCAUUGAAGAAUACAAGGACAUUGACUGUUUGAACCACUGGAAGAGGUUGGAAAAGCAGGACAAGAAUGCUCAACUCAUUGCUCUUCAAGAAUACCAGAAGAAGUCACGCGACAACGCACGCACUCCGGUUCAAUGGUCUGCUGCCGAGAACGCUGGUUUCACCGGACCCGGGGUCAAGCCCUGGAUGUCUGUGAACACCGAUUAUGUUCGGAUCAAUGCCGAGGCCGAAGUCAAGGAUCCCAACUCCACCUACCAUUACUGGGCGACUGUGCUCAAAUUGCGCAAGAAGUAUCUUGACAUCUUUGUGUACGGCAACUUCACACUUUUGGACAAGCCUAACCAGGAUGUCUUUGUAUACACUCGCCAGUAUGGCGACCAGAAGGCCUUGGUUGUGUGCCACUGGACAGAGAAGACCCUGGAGUGGGAUGCAGCCAGCAACGGUAUCACCGGCGUGAAGCAGGUCUUGCUCAACACCUAUGAAGGAGUCGAAGAGGCCACCCAGCGCUUCUCUGGUGACAAGUUCACACUCCGGCCGUACGAAGCCACUGUGCUACUCCUAUGA